GCUUUGAGUCUAUGAUGCUUGCAUAAUAUAUUCACUUGAUUUAUUUCUUUGCAGGAAUAUGUAAUUUUUUUGCCUUAAACAUUUUUUCUUUACAAGCGGAGCAGCUAUAGUCUUACACUUUUAUAAAAGAAUUGUAAUUUCAAUGGAGGGUACGCACAUUCGUAGAAGGGAAAAAGCUCAUUUAGAGAAUGAAGUGGAAUAUUUGGAUGAAGUAGAACAAGAAACUCUCAUUGAAGAUCUUCGUAAUCAAAAUGACAAAGCAAACUUGAAUAUUUUGAAAGGGCUACUUGUUAUUAGUUGUUUCGUUUGUUUAAUGUAUAUUGGCGUAUUACUAUUUCAAUCAGAUGGGCCCAUAAAGCUUCCAGGUACAGGCACCUUUGGCUCUACUGGAAUUCUACGGAUGUCAGCCACAAGCAGUAUUCUGUCAAUUGUUAUUGCAUUUCUUACACUACUUGUCAAAUGCAAUAUUAAUUUAUUUGGAAUAAUUGACCUGUUAUCAAUCAACUUGAAUCAUACUUUAUCUAUGGGCGUAGCAUCUUGUAUUCUAGGAGCAAUAGGGCCAUAUAUGUGCUUACUAUAUAAGGGUAGUAGGAUUGAAACCAUAUUUUGGUGCCUGCCCUUAUUUAUUUUGUUCAUAUAUCACAUUGUAUACGCCACAAUGAAACAAGUACAGAAUGAAUUAAAAGAACUUGAGAGAACAAAAUACAAAUAUAAAGGCGCUUAAUAAAUACGUAUUUUUUAAGCAAAAAGCAAUCAUAAAGUAUAGAA